AGGUUCAUGAGCUCCUGAUAUGUGAACCAUGUGAAUUCUGAGUGGGCUUUGCUCAGACCAACAUGGUGUUCCAUUAGCAUGAUGACUGGGAUAACGCCUUUGGGGAAGGACAGCGUGUUGGGGAGGACUGCUCCUUUCACUCCGUCGGUGUUUGUCUCCUUAAUCCAAUACUUGAGCCUCUUAAGGAUGACUGCUGUGGACAGGCCAGCAGUUCUUGCUUCUGUUGUUCUUGCAGGAGGAAGUGUUGUUGUUGUUGCUGAUGCAUUUUCUGGUGGUUGUCAUGGUCCUGCUGCAUCAGCAUCUGCUUCAGCUGAUCUUGCUGGUUUUGCUGACAGAGCAACUGGUGAUGCUGCUGUUCUUGAUGAGCUUGCUGCUGUUGAAGCUCUUGGUGCAGCUGCUUUUCUGCCUGCUCUUCUUGUUGGCGGAGCAGGAGAACUCGACUCUGAUCCUGCUCAAUUUGCAGCUGUUUCAAGUCCUGUUGCGUCCUUUGCUGUGCCAGUUUUUCCUGUUGGUGGAGCAGCUGCAGGCGUUGUUCCUCUUGCAGAGUUCGCUUCUGGUGCAGUUCAACUUGUAUGUGGGGCCGGGCCAACGGAUGUCCCCGCGGAGCGUCCCGUUCGUGAUUCUGCCUUUGCCUGUGGUGGGCUUGCUCCAGGCGUUGUCCAGAUACUGUACACAGGUAAGCUGAGGUCAAGGGAUCGACCCCUGGGAUCUGCAUCAGCUACUGCCAAAGAGCGACAAGAUGCUUCCUUUGGGUUCCACCAAGCCAAGGCACAUUUACUGGAAGUCAUACGUGCAAACCUCAGCAAAGCCAGCAAGAAGCUUGUCGAGGUACUGGCAGCAACCCAGGAUGAGGAGUGCAGGAGAAAGGCCAUUGCUGCUUUCCGGGAAAUCUGGCUUGACCCCGAUUGUAAGCCGAAGUGCACGAUAACGGGAAGCUAAGAUGGAAGAACUGGGCAAUGCAGGAUGACCAGUGGUCCUACCGCCGGGCCGAAUGCUUCCCUGUGCCCCUGCCUCCCCGAACAAUGGGCGCUAUGCCCAUGGUGAGU